AGGGCGUACUCGAACGCCGCCACCAGGAGGCGGUGGUGGGGGUAGAAGAAGCCCUGGUUGAUGAGCUAGGGUAAGAGGCGUGGCAAGGGAGGGGCGAGGGGCUUACCACAAAGUGCGUCCUGUCCGCUUGGAUGAUGUGCGUCGCCACAAAGUCGUCGUAGCGUCGCGUGGCGCCGGCAACAUUACUCCUGGAAGGCUUGUCUAGCAUGCACUGGACGGCCGAGAUGUACUCGGCCUUUUCCUCGUCGUCCAGCGUUCUCCUGUGUGUGUGUGUCAGCGUUAUUGGCAAGGUCGGAUCCUCGGAUCUUACCAUUCCCUUCGCACCAGGGGCCUUGUGCACCCCUGGCGCGCCUCCAGACGGGCAGCGAGGCCUAGCAGGGCGAUAAAAAUCCAGCGCAUUUUGCCAUCUGGGUCUGGAUCAGCUCACAUUACUUCCCGUCCUCGAUCCCGUGAGGUCUCGAGAAUAAGAGCCCGGUCUCGACAAUAACAGUUGGGUCACAGUCGGGUCUCGACAAGAGCUGGCGGAACACAUCGCAUCAUCGAUCUGUUAAGCCCUGGUGGCUGAACCUUCACACGUCGAGCCUAAUCACAACAUCGUAUCGCUCGUCCAGGCCGUGCAUGCGCCGUCACUGGUUCGAAACAGGACUGUUCCUCGCGCCGAUCCUCAUCUAGAAUUCUGUUUUUGGCUCUGAUUUUCUGCUAGAACAAGGCAAGCAAGGCUGCCAACCGAGCGCGAGACUAGGGCCGGCUAGGCGUAGCGUGUGCAUCGGCGCCACAAUGUUUCCUUGCUGGCCAACGGCGGGACAGGCCGGCGGCGGCAGUGAAGGCAGGAAACAACCAUCUCACCGGCUUGGAUCUGAGCACUGGUGCAAUCUCGGGCGUUCUGCGCAGAUCGAGGCUGGGAGCGGGAGUGCUUGUUAUAAAACAGCCGUCCAGAGUCGAGGGAGACAGUCGGAUUUGGUAUCAUCAGCAUCAGCAUUCACUCCAUUCAGCUCGCAUUCACAGCAGGUCUUGCACAAAAGCCACCACACUCGUUUACCACAUUCAUUACCUACACCCUCCACGCCAUCUCACCACCACAAUGAAGGUCUCUGCCGUCUCCGUCCUGGUCUUUGGCGCCGCCACCCUGGCCACGCCGACCUUUGGCUUCGAGAAGGACGUCAUCGACUGGGCCAAGGACCAGCUCGGCGGCAAAUCCAGCCAGGUUCCCGCCCCCGCCCCCGGCACCACUGAGGACUACUUCAGCAACGCCCCCGUCGCUACGGCCACGGCCAAGCCGGUUACGACCGCGCCGCCCCCGCCGCCCCCACCAGCCACGACUGCGGCCCCGGUCACGAGCUCCGUGGCCCCUGUCACGAGCUCUGCGGCUCCCCUGACGUCUGCGGUCCCGCCCCCGGCGCCCGACUGCAACGUCAAGCCCGGCGUCAAGAUGCCCGUCGGCUGCCCGGAUUCCUGCAGCAACGUCAAGCCUGGCCAUCCCGUCCCGGAUGGCUGUCCCGCCAGUGCCCCGGCGGUCAGCAGCGCCCCGGUGGAGGCGACCUCGUCGCUCAUCGUGGCCACGUCGUCCAAGCCGCUCAUCGUUGACAACAAGCCGACCCCGGCGCCCAACGGCACCUACAAGCCCACGACCCCGCCGGUCCUGGCCGGUGCGUCGACCAUUGCGCAGGGUCUUGGUGUUGGGUUUGCUGUUGCCGCUCUUCUUGGGUUUGCGUUUGCCCUGUAAGCGAGCCGGGUGAAUGAGCCUGACGCAGUAGCUCCCGGAAGAGUAGAAGAGUGAGAGGCAACAUGAAGAGAAGUGAGAGUCACAAGGAGAGAAGCGCGAGAUGGAGACAGAUAGACAGAGAAUAGCACUCAUAGACUACAUCAGGUGCACCCCACCCGCGUCGAG